UUAUAUGGGAACUCAAAAAUAAAGUUCAUACAGGUACCUAUGACUAAUAUUGUCUAAUAGACAGUAUUACAUUACAUAGUUUUUAACCAGUUAAUUAGAACGUAUGAAAAUGACACUCACCCUAGUUUAUUUUACUUCAUUACCGAUCCUACAGAUAUUUUAUGUCGCCGGAGUUUCAGUUUCAUGGAGUUCACCGAGUACAACAUAUUCCUCAAUAAGCAGCCAAUCGGUACCAACAUAUAAUGGAAAUCUACAGCAAGAGUCUAUGUCUUCAACAAUACAACCUUUUAGAAUAAAAGGAGGCACAUUAACAAAUCAGAUUGAUAAUCUAAAUACAAAAAUGUCAUCUAAUAUAGGUUUGGGGCAGGAUUCAAAUACAAUUUUUGCAAAACAAGUCGGUCAACAAGGAGAUGAUAACAAUGCCAGCAAGUCAGAAAAUUUAAUUACUAAUAUUCAACCCUCUAAAAUGAAUUUUGGGUCAUCAUUAGCUACAACAGCACUUCCAAAUUUUGAAAUUCCAAUCCAUAUCAAUGGACCUGGGUUAUCAAAUAUUUAUCAUGAAACAAGUAAAAUGAGUGAUAUGAGUAGUUUAAAUGAAGUGAAUAAAUUAUUGGAUGGAUCGAGUAGUUCAGAUGAAGGUUUUCAACUGGGAGAGUUUGGUGGAUUAAGUGAGUCAAUCAGUGAGGAUGGUUUAAAUUUAGUAAAUAGCCUUGGUGAAUUAAAUGAAUUAAAUGAGAACGGUUUACGUAAAGAAUACAGUGGUGAAAUUGGAGAAAGUGAAACGCAUGGAAUAGGUAAAGAGGACAACUAUAGAAGAGGUCAUAAGUCUAAAAAAUAUAAUUUGGGUGGUGGAAGUGGUGGUUCCGCAGAAUUUAGCUUAGGAUCUAGGAAAGGCGAGAAACAAGGAUUUAUUGGUGAGGGAGGAACCAUAGAAUUUGGUGAAUUGAGAAGAAAUAGAGGAGGCAGAAUGUUCAUUGAAAAUGGUGAAGAUAAAGAAGAAGGAAGAGAUAGAGGAUUUAGUGGAUCAGUUGGAUCUAUACAAUUUGAUAGGAUAAAUGGAGGUAGAGCAGAUGGAUCGGCUGGAAAAGAAGAAGGAGAUAGUGGAUAUAGUAAAUCCAAUGGCGCCAUACGAUUUGGCAGAAAAAAUAAAAGUGGAACUGGUGGAUUGGAUGGGAAAGAAGGAGGAAAUAUAGGGUUCGGUAAACAAAAUGGGUUUAUGCGAUUUGGUAGCAGAAGAAAAAAUGGAGAAGGUUUAUCGAUUAGAGGAGAAGGAGGAGAUGGAGGGUUUAGUAGAUCCAAUGGGUCCAUACGAUUUAGUGGAAAAUAUAAAAGUGGAACAAGUGGAUUAGGUGGGGAAGAAGGAGGAGAUGUAGAGAUUGGUAGAUCAAAUGGAUCUAUACGAUUUGGUAGAAAAAAAAAGGGUAGAGAAGGUAGGUCGUACGGAGAAGAAGAAGAAAGUAAAGGAUUUAGUGGAUCAAUUGGAUCUAUUAGUUUAGGUAGAAAGAAAAAGAACGGAACAGGUGGAUCUGGUGGAGAAAAUAUAAAAAUUAGUGAAGGACGAAGAGGUUACAGAACUUCAAUAUCCAGAGGCUUUGGUAGAGUGAAUGUAAAUGGUGGAAAGAGAACAUUUGGAGGAUCAAUUGGGGGUAUAACAUUUGGUGAUCAAAGUGGAGGAGAUAAGGGACUAAGUAAGUCAAAUAGCAUAAACAUAAAUAGAACUGUUGGAAAUAAUGGAGGUGGAAGAUUUGAUGGUUAUAUUGAAGGUAAUGGAUUUUCAAAGGGCUACAGUACAGGUAGAGAAAGUGAUAGGGGAGCAUUUGGGGAAUUUGGUCCAGAAAUGGGUGAAAAGCUAGAGUGGGUCAAUUAGAUAAGUAUUGAAAUAAAAAUUAGUUUUAAAUAUGUACCAAUACCGAGUGCAAGACCGAUUGAAACUUCAUAAAAUAAAUAAUUAUAGCAAUAUUUUAAAUCAAAUUUGUUUUGUAAAAUAAAGUUGAGUUUAUUCAGUGAAUA